GGCGAUAUGUCGUUGGAAGAGCUAAGACUGUUGUAAAGAAUUAUAAUGUGAUCGAAAGGGCAGAAAAGGUUUUGGAGGAUGAAAAAAAACCUUCUCCUCGUCAUCCUGGCACGGAAACUAAAUUUCGUGUUCUUGUUCAAGCUGGGUGUCUGAAAACUACAGAAAUGCUUUACAUGUUGUGAUGUGAUUUAAAGGAAUGGAAGAGGAUGAAAAUACGAGUAGCGAUGGCUCUGUGCCUAAUUCUCCAUCAGCCAUAGACUACUAUGAUAUUAAUGAAUUGUGUGAUGACGAGGAACAGAAUUGUUCUUCAAACAAUACUGAACAAGAAAGUAAAGAUUUUAUAAAAGAAAUUAAACUCACUUUUCAGGAAGUCUCUUCUGUUGAAACACAUUCUGAUAGACCACUUGCUUCUGUUCUUCCAGAGAAAUAUAAGGAUGUAGAUGCAAAAGAUUAUUUUUCAUUUUUCAGAGAUGGAACUUUAAGAUUUUUAAAAUUAUUUGGCCCAGGGAAACCAUCAAGCAUGCCUGAUAUUUGGCGCAGUGUAAGAAAACGAGCAGUUGAAAAUCCUAUAGUUCAACAACAACCAGUAAAAGAACUUGAACUUGAAGUUGAAUCUGACGAAGAAACUCAUUUUAUGCUUUAUAAUGAACCGGCAGCUGGUAGUUCUACUAAUGGAUCAUCAUUUGAUAGUAAAAUUAAUAAUUCUUGGAGAUUCGGGCCUGCCAAACUUUGGUAUGAUAUGGCUGAAGUACCCGAAACUGCCGAAACUUAUGAUUAUGGUUUAAAAUUGAAAGAUAGUUCAUGCGCAGGUGAAGAUGGGAACAAAGAUGAUUUACCAUCUGAUGCAUACUUGAUGGUUACUCUUCAGCCUUGGGAAGAUGAUGUCAUAUGGGAUGGAGAUGAAAUCAAAGAAAAAGUAAUGAAAGAUGCUUACAAUCCUAAUAAACUUGCUGGGUGGAUUCCUGUAAGUGCUGAUCGGACUAUGUCAGCUUUUCGUGAACACUGCAAAAUCAUAUCUAGUCAGUCAGAUAAUGAACGAUUUCUUCAGUAUACGAAUAGAAAUUUGAUGAAGAAUGACAAAAAAAUUGUGACUCAGUCGAUAUUUCCUGCAGAAAAUGAAAAGCUUUUGUACGAUAAUUGGGAAGAUCAAAUCAUUUGGGACAGUGAAGCUAUGAAUACAAUUAGUUAUCCCAAACCCGUUGAAAAUGAUCCUGAUAUAAUAGUAGAAAUUCCUGAUGACAAACCUCCCCCUCCCACUUCUCCUGAGCUUACUAAAGAUCGGAAAGAUAAAAAAUUCCGUCCUAUGCUGAAAAAGCCCGAAGAAGAGGAGGAGGAGGAAGAUUCUUGUGCUACCGUAAAAGAUAAUUUUUACAAUAUUUCUAAUGAUGAAUAUUAUAAUCCUAAGAUAACUCAAGAAACUGCAUUGAAAUUUGGCAACAACUUAUUGCAACAUUCCAUUCCAUCUCUGGAAUUGCACAGCCAGUUAUUUCCAACUAACUUUUCGAAAGAACAAUUGCGCCGCUUUCAUCGACCUGCUUUAAAAGAUUUUCCAUAUGGUCUUACUUCUCGUUCAAAAUUUCAUGGUGUUCAGUCUCUUUCUAGGUAUAUAAAGGAAAAAGAGCUUGCAAGACAAAAGGAAUCGGAAGCGGCAGGUGGGGGUGAAAUGUUUUUUAUGCGUACGCUUUCUGAUCUAAGUGGUAGAGAUGGUACUCUAGUACUGUUCGAGUUUUCUGAGGAGCACCCACCUUUACUAAGUCAAGUGGGGAUGGCCUCUAGAAUUAAAAAUUAUUACCGACGAAAACCUGGCAAAGAUGCUUCUAUGCCUGACUAUAAAUUUGGGGAAAUAGCAUAUGCUCAUACUUCUCCAUUCCUUGGAACUCUCCAACCUGGCCAAAGUUUACAAGCGUAUGAGAACAAUUUAUUUCGAGCCCCUGUUUAUGAACAUUCAGUCCAAGAGACAGAUUUCCUCAUAAUACGGACUAGAAAUAGAUAUUAUAUUCGGGAAAUUAAUGCUAUAUUUGCGGUUGGGCAAGAACUUCCUCUUGUUGAAGUGCCUGCUCCUAAAUCUGAAAAAGCUAACAGCUUUAUUCGAGACUUUCUCAUGGUGUAUAUAUAUCGUCUGUUCUUAAAGAGUCCGGACAUUCCUCAACGAGUAAGAACGGAAGUUGUAAAGGCGGCUUUUCCUAUGUAUAAAGAAACUAGUAUUAGAAAACGCCUUAGUGUAUGUGCUAUUUUCAAUCGGACUGGUUGCGACUCUAGAUACUGGGUGAUAAAAAAUGAUUUUCGCCUUCCAUCUGAGGAAGAGAUUCGUGCGCUUGUUUCUCCUGAACAAUGCUGCUGCUUUUAUAGUAUGCUUGCAGCUGAACAGAGAUUGCAAGAUGCUGGUUAUGGUGAAAAGUUUCAGCUCAUGCCUGAAGAUGAAACUGACAGCUUACAGAAUAAAAUUGCUGAUGAGGUUAAAGCUGCUCCUUGGAAUACUUCUCAGGCUUUUCUUUCAGCAAUAAAAGGCAAAUGCCUUUUGGAGCUUUGGGGUUCUGCAGAUCCUACUGGAUGUGGAGAAGGUUUCUCCUAUGUUAAAAUACCAAAUAAGCCUCAGAUAUCAAAAGAUGAUAGCAAUGGUCAAAAUCCUACUAAGCGCCUUGUCAAAGGUACAGAUGCUGAUUUACGUAGACUUUCUUUAAAUAAUGCUAAGAAGCUCUUGAAAAGCUUUAAUGUUCCUGACCGUGAAAUAAAAAAUUUGACGCGUUGGGAAAUUGUUGAUGUUGUGCGUACUUUAUCAACCCAGCAAGCCAAAAUGGGCGAAGAUGGUAUUACAAAAUUUGCAAGAGGCAAUCUAAACAGUCAGUCUGAAUAUAUUCGAAGGUAUAAAGAAGAAUGCCAAAGAUUAUUUGAAUUGCAGAACAAAGUUCUUUCAUCCGUUGAAGUUUUGUCAAGUGAUGAAGAUGCAAGUUCGGAAGAUGAAUCUGAUUUGGAAGAAAUGGGAAAGCACAUAGAAAGUAUUAUUUCGAAUAAAAAAUCCGCUAAAGAACUUUCACUUGAAAAUGAAGAAGCAGAAAGGAAGGAAUUGCAGAAGUUAAUGAAUUCAGGUGUGUCUAAAGAAAAUCAAAAAGAGAAACCUGAUCUAAACAAUGGUAAGACAUAUGAGGGCAAGAUUUUACGCAUAUAUCGAACUUACAGAAAUCCUGCAACUGGUGUUGAAUAUGAGCGCACAGAAACUGUUAGGAAACCUGACAUAAUGCAGAUGUAUUUAAAAAUUCGUGAAACUAAAGAUACUGCUUUUAUUCGCAACUAUUCUCUAGAUGAAGCUGAAAAAGAAGAAAUUCGAAAAGAAAAAAGACGUAUUCAGGACCAGUUACGUAGAAUUAAAAGAAAUGAACUGAAACUGCAAAAUGUAGAACCAGCCAAAAAGAAAAUAAAAUUGGAAUCCCCUGCAAAUUUGAAAGUGAAAUGUGGGGCGUGUGGUGCCUCUGGACAUAUGCGAACAAAUAAAUCUUGUCCACUGUACGCAUCAUCUCCUUCUCUUCCACCUAUUGCUGUUGCAAUGACCGAGGAGGAAGAGGAAGAAGCUGUGGAAAAAACUGCUGCUUUAGAUGAACCAGAUUUACUUAAAAUUGAUGAAACAAAGAUUAUUAUUAGUACUAAAGUAGUUAAACAUGAUGCUGAACUUCGCAAGAAAUCGUUAAUUUUAAAGAUUCCAAAAGAUGCAAUUGGUGGAUCUGCUAAAAAGCGACGCACUUACGAUGAACCUACAUCUGAUUAUUUGAGCACUCCAAAGGUAGUGAAUCGUAAGCGAGUUGACCCCCUUGUUUCAAUAAAUUUGCUUUUUGAAAAGAUACUUUCAGAACUGAAAAAUCUACCAGAUACAGAGCCUUUCUGGAAACCUGUAAGUGCCAAACAAGCUCCAAAUUACUAUGAUAUUAUUGAUAAACCUAUGGAUCUUUUUUCUAUGAAAGAAAAAGUUAGAAAGCAUCUUUAUAGAAGUCGUGAAGAUUUUAUUGUAGAUUUGCAGCAGAUUCUUGACAAUAGUACUUUGUACAAUGGAAAGCAGAGCAUUUUCACUCUCACUGCUGAGAAAAUGUUGGAGCAUUGCUUUACAUUGCUGGCAACAGAUGAGGCAAAGCUUAUGGAUUUGGAAAAGGCCAUUAAUCCCCUUCUGGAUAGUCCCCGAGUUGCUUUUAAUUUUCUUUUAAAUACUAUUGUGUGUGAUUAUUUAAAAGCUGUGCCUGAUUCUUGGCCAUUCCAUAAACCUGUGGAUAAGCGACAAGUGAAAGGUUAUUAUAAUCUGGUUGAACAUCCUAUGGAUCUCGAAACUCUUAUUAAGAAUUGUAAAUCUAAUAAGUACAAAACAAAACUCGCCUUUUUUUCAGAUGUGGAAUUGAUUCACACAAACAGUAAGGUUUACAAUGGUGAAACAAGCCAGUUUACAAAAACUGCUCAGGAAAUUGUGAAUACUUGUCGUGCUUCAUUAGAGUUAUAUGCUAAGGAGUUGGAUAGGUUUGAACUAGAAAUCAGAGGAAUGGAUGAUAAUUCCCCUGAAAAUAGUCCGAAGUCUACACCAUCCAGGAAAAUAAAAUUUGUAGUUAAACCACAAAACCAUAAUGGAAUUAUAGACAAUGAUAUUUUUGUGGAUGUUGAAUCUUUUGAUACGGGUGCAAAAAGUUCAAGUGAAAAGGAUUAUAAUUUUUUCAUGAACAGUGAUAUAAAUGGAGAAAGCUUAAAGGGAUUCCCAAUAGAAGAAUCAAAUUCAUCUUUCAUUUCUUCAGAUUUUGGCUUAGAAUAUGUUUCAGAACUGAAAAGUCAUACUGCUAGUCCAUCAAUUCCCACCAAUAUGCAGAGCUUAUUACCUAUGAAUGGAAUUUCUAUGAUAGAAAAUACUAAUGAUGGUCUUGAAAACAUGGAGCCUUAUUUCCAAACCAACUGUGAUACCAUUUGUGAUGAUUUAAUGCUAAGUUCAGAUACCGAUGAAGAAAUGCAAACUGUGAAUUCAUAACUAUUAUUAAAUGUAAUUAUUCCUGACAUCUGAAUUUAAACCUAAUUUUAAUACAAAAUGAUAGGAAAGUUGAUUUCAUUUAAAGGUUAAUUGAAACACUAUAAUAUUUUUAAUACUAAUAUUUUUGCUAACGCAUAAGUUGUAAUUUAAACAUAGAUAUCUUUGUUUUUAUAUUUCUUAUUCGAACACUUAAAAACUUUUUGAGUUUUUAUGAAAAUAAGGAAUUUCAACUUAAAAAUUCAUUUGUUAAUUCCCUGUGUUUUGUUUCUGUCUUUGUUUGUUAAUCUGUUUAUAUUUGGACUUGUAUAUUCUUACUAUGUGUAUAUAAUACAUAUAGUUUUAUAAUGUAUGUUAAGAGUUCCUAUUUGAUGGUGCUAACUCAUUUCAUUAUUUAUGUACAAUUGUAGACAUUGUAUUUAUUAUUUGUAUAGAAUCAUGCUAUGAGGUUCUUGCAUUUAUUAAAUACUCAAAGCCAUAUUAGGAAAUUUUAAAAGAAUUUCAUUAUUUUUGAAAAGUUUUUUAGAAUGAAUAAAAGAGCAUUAAUUGUGAUCACUAUUUCUCCUAAAUUUGAGAAAUUUAUUAAUGAUGCAGCUGUUUAAAUGUAUGAAUUUUUUUAUUUACAGAACUUAGUUUGAAUUACUAUGGCAGCCAAAUUUAGUUUUAAUGAAUUAUAAGAUAUUAAUAGGAUACUUUUUUUUCUUUCAUAAUUUAAACAAUAUUUUUUUUUUCUACUUUGUUUGCUAUUUAUAAUUCAGCAGUCCUUUAUAAGGGUAUAGCAUUUUGUGCAUAAAUUGCAUUUAUUAUGUUUCUUGAAUUUCAAAUUUUUUGGAUUUCUUAUGAACUUCCUGUAUUUUUUUAAUGUUUUGUUAAAAUGCUUAAAAUAUUAAUAUAUUUCGAAUUAAAAUCCUACUGUCACGCUUACACUUAUUUGGUCAUUUUGUUUUUCAAAAGUUUAAUUAUAUGGCCAAAAACAUAUUUACUGGUGAGCAUUUUAUUCUGGAGAGUUUCCAUUGCUUAAUUUUGUUAGUUCAAGAUUUGAAUUUAAGAGUUAAAAUUUGUAAUAGGGAAAGGGGAGCUUUGAAAGAAUUCUAUGUUUGUUACUCCUUUUCUUGGAAGUUUCCUUUUUCUUCAUUUUUGCAAUUAAAGCAUGUAAAUCAAAUAAGCAAUUGCAGUUUUUAUGAAAAAUUAAUUAAAAUUUUUAAUCAAAUUAUGUAAAAAGUCAGUAAAUAUUUCUCAAAUAAGUUUUUUUUCUUUGUAUGCAAAUGACUAUGUUAAUCAUUUCAUUUAACACUUAUAUAAGUUAAUAUUAUUUAUAUGAAUCAAGAAUUUUGCAUUGGUAAAGAUUAUUAAUAGUUAUUAAAUUGUUGUUUGAAUUUUUUUUUUCUACAUUCCUUUAUUUUUGGCUUUUAUUUUAAUAAUGCUAUGAACCUCUAUUCACAAGUGACUGAAUGAUUUUUGUUUGAUUGGGUUGUAUGUUAAAAAAUAAUUGUACAAAUCAUUCAUAGAGAGCCCAUGCCCAUUAGCACCUUGUGUCUUUCAUACAGAGAAUCGUUUUCGAGUUUUUUAAUAAAGA